AUGUUCAUUGACACUUUCAUGUCUCUAGCUUCAUUUGACCAUCAAGGCGCUCCAAUCGAGCAGACCAAUACGCGAUCUUCAUCGCUACCGCUUUCCAGAGCAAGAACAAUAGCACUGGUUAUCACCUUGACUGGAGCGGCAUUCCUGAAUACCUUAUCAGUGCAGGCCUGCGUGAUCAUUCUCCCAACAAUCGGGCACGAUCUGUCGAUACCAUCUGCGCGACAGCAAUGGAUUGUUUCUGCGUACUCUCUCACUUUUGGUUGCUUCCUGUUACUUUGGGGCCGUCUUGCUGAUGUCUAUGGCAAACGAUUGAUUUUCAUUUGGGGCAGCGCAUGGGUGUGCAUUGUCACUCUAGUCUGCCCAUUCGUUCCGAACGAGAUUGGCUUCGACAUCUUUCGUGGUCUCCAAGGUCUCGGGGCGGCGGCGAAUGUUCCAACCGCCAUUGGCAUCCUAGGAGUGACGUUCCAGCCAGGUAAAGCAAAAAACUACGCAUUCGCGACAUACAGCGCAGGUGCACCUCUUGGUAGUGUCUUCGGCAACCUUCUGGGUGGUCUAGUCGGCCAAUACGCAACAUGGAAAUGGGUAUUCUGGAUUUUGGCGAUCAUGGCAGGACUGGUGGCUGUCGCAGGGCAGCUUGUCAUACCAGCACCGCGUAUACAGCCUUCAGAGUCGGAGCUGAAGAAUGCUGUCGACUGGCCAGGCGGAAUUCUGGUCACCGUCGGAUUGGUUAUCCUCAUGUUCGCUCUCACUGAUGGGAACGUUGUAGGCUGGAGCCAGCCCUACAUUCCAGUCUUGAUGGUGCUCUCGGUCUUGCUGGUGGCAGCUUUCGUAUUUUGGCAACUCCAUCUCGAGAAGAGAACUAUGCGAAGACCUCUCAUGAAGGUCACCAUCUUCAAGAACAAGCGGGUUGCUGCCGCUAUGGCGAUCAUGGGUCUUUUCUUCGCUGCCUUCAGCAACUUCUUGGUCUUUGCAACGUACUUCUACCAAGAGUACCAAGGGCACAACGCGAUCCAGACGACGCUACGCUUCAUACCGACUGGUGUUGUUGGCGUGAUGACGAUCUUCGUGACCUCGCAGAUUCUAGCCAGAGUCAAAAUCGGCUACAUCAUGGCGUGGGGCACGAUGCUCUUCGCAGUACCAAUCCCACCGUCGACAACUUACUGGGCAUGGGGCUUCCCGGCCAUGUGCCUUUCAGUCUUUGGCGCAGAUACCCUGUUUCCCGCACUGCUGCUUCUGACGGCGCACUCCUUACCGCGCGAAGACCAGGCCAUUGGAGGAGCAAUCAUCAACGCAGUCGGUCAGAUUGGUCGAGCCAUUGGGCUAGCGAUUGCGACGGCUGUUCAAGUUGCGGUCCAGGAGGGCAAACAAGGCUCGACGGCUGCAGCUGUGGAAGGUGAUGAUUUGCAUAAUUCGGCCUUCUUGUCUGGAUUGAGGUCGGCGGAAUGGUUCAAUUUCGCCCUUGGCUUAUUGGCAUUCUUGAUAGCGUCAGUAGCAUUCAAAGGCGCUGGAAAAGUGGGCGCGCACAAGAAAUAG